CUUCGAGAUCAGCAAACGAACCAAAAAUCAACAUGAAGUUCCUGAUUGUCUUCGUCGCCCUCUUCGCCGUUGCUUUGGCUGUUUCUAUUGAUGCUGACGCUACUAUCCUGAAGCAGGAUUCCGAUGUUGGACCCGUACAAUAUAACUAUGGAUAUGAGACUAGCAAUGGAGUGUCAGCUCAGGAAGCCGGUCAGUUGCUCAACGCUGGAAGUGAUCACGAGUCCAUUGCCGUCAAGGGUUCCUACCAAUACGUUGGUGAUGAUGGAGUGACCUACUCCGUCAGCUACAUCGCCGAUGAGAACGGAUUCCAGCCCCAGGGUGCUCAUCUGCCCGUUGCUCCUUAAGCGAGUCAAAGUGGAUUAUCCAGUUCCUUGUUAAUAUUGUCAAAAACCUGAAAUAAACUUUUAAAGAGAAAAUGAAUACAAAAA